AUGUCGCUGUCAAAGCCAGAGGACCAGCUAGCCUACGAGCUGAGCUGUCCCAUCUGCCUCCAGCUCUACUCGGACCCGGUGGCUCUCCCCUGUGGGCACAACUACUGUCUAUCCUGUAUCCGCAAGACUAUUGACAGCACGGAUAAGACCGGCAAAAUCCUGCCGCGCUGCCCAGAAUGUCGUGAGGAGUAUCCUGGCACGGAUAACCUGCAGAUAAAUUUCAAACUUCGCAGCAUCAUUGAGAACUACAAGGCCACUGCGCUGCUGCUGAACACGCAAGCCGACUGUGUGGAUACCAAAAUGGAGGUUUUCUGCGAUCAGUGCAUAGAUGAGCAGUCGCCCGCCGUGAAGACCUGCCUGAAGUGUGAGGUGUCUCUGUGCUCCAGACACCUUCAGAAACACCACGAGAAGGAGUUGUUCAGGACCCACCCCGUGGUGGAGCCCACGACGGAGCUGAGAGUGAAGGCCUGUGCCAUCCACCAGCGUCCCCUUGAGUACUUUUGUUCCAACGACAUGAUCUCUCUGUGCACCACGUGCGUCGUAGAGGGCCAUCACGAGAGCCACGACGUUCUCACCUUUAGCGUAGCUGAAGAGGAGAUGAGACGAGCGCUGGAGGCCCGAAAUAAGGUCAUUUCUAGCAGACUGCAGCUGACAGAGGGACUCCUGCAGAAGACAGCAGAGGAUCAGGGAACCUCUGAAGCUGUAGGAGACAAAAUGGUCAGCAAGGCUGUGACAGUCAUGGACAGCAUAGGUGCUCUGGUGGACAGGUACAGGGAUCGCCUGCUUUUGUUGUUGGAGGAGGAGAGAGGACAGCGCCGCAAAAGCUGGCAGCUAGGCAUGAGUGCACUUGAGGAUCAGCAGCAGCAGCUGAUGGAGGCCCAUAAGAGCGCCACAGAGGUCCUCAAUGAGACAGACACAUGCAUCUUUAUACACAGGUUCAUGCAGAUUGAACAAAAGCUGAGAGAUGUUGUCACCAGUGCCAUUCCCUCCUACAUCCCCUCUAAGGCUCCACUCAAUACAAUGUGCCUGCAGGGAGGCCUCAAAACCCAAGACUUCUGCACAGAAAUGACCCGCCUCAUGGAUUCUCUUCAUAUCCUCCUCAACCCACUGGAACUCACCUUCAGCAUCUACACCGCCCACCCCAACCUGCUGGUGUCCAACGAUCUGCGCACAGUCAAAUACAGCUCCAACAAGCAGUCGUACCCGGAGCACCCCGAGCGUUUCACGAGCGCACCUCAGAUCCUGUGCAGCCAGGGUUUCUCUGGUGGCGAGCAUGUAUGGGUUGUAGAAGUGGGACCCAAUAGCAUGUGGUCACUAGGCGUGUGCUACAAGAGCAUCCCUCGCCGUGGUGACCACAGCCGUCUGGGGCACAACACUGUGUCCUGGAGGCUGCAGUGGAAAAACGGCAAGCUGACAGUGUGCCAGUGCUCCUCGAAUGUAGUCCUUAAGGAAGUGACCACACCACCGGUCAAGAUUGAGGUCGCACUGGACUAUGAGGGGGGAACUUUGACGUUUCACAGCACCAAAGGGCGCAGGGAGCACCUCCACACCUUAAAGGCUGCCUUUAAAGAGCCUGUUUACCCGGCGUUCAGUAUACAUUCAAACACACCAGACUCCUGGAUCACACUGAGCAGUGGGAUGUAA